GAGUACGACCAGCCCGUUCCAGUCCGCCGCUUUCUCCACUUCAAUAGCUCCCAUCCCCCCAUCCAGUCCUACCACUAUAGCCAACCCAGUACCCCACCGGACGUCCACACACCUUCUUACUCGACAACUCACCGCCGCUCUUCCAAAAGGACGGUACAGCGCACAUGGAGCUACUAGAAAGCAUGCUCGUUUGCAUGCACGUGGAUACACACCUUGGAGUCAUCAUUACAGGUGCCGCAGACGCCGGUGCAUGGGUGCGCCAACGCUCGCUGCCGGUACGCCGAUGCUGUGCCCAGCAAGUCGCAGCCUCUAGAGGGCGUGCCAACCAACUCUGCCCUUCCCGCCACCCCUCAGCCCUGGAGGCGGGCGCUCAAGAGCCAGCCUUCCCCUUCGAUCCGCGCUUUGAUGAAGCCACGACUCGGCCCAAGCCUCACGCUGAGCAGCCGACCAACCACAACGCCAACCCGGGCCGCGAGGAAGAGGUGGCCGAUCCGCGCAGCCUCGGAUCUGUCGACACGGCGCAGCCGGUUGCUCCGUCGAUGCAGCGGCAACCGAACUCGCGCCUCUUAGCACAAUGCCGACUUGGGCCGCGUCCCGGCCAGGUCUCGCAGCCAUCCAGACGAUAGAGGUGAACCGGAAAGGACGCGGUGGGGUUCGUAUCGAUCGAGACGGCGAGCCUUCCAUUUGAAGAAACGGGCAACCCAGAUCGCGGCGGCGGCGACGUGAACGAGGGAGAUAGCAGUGAUUGCGGUGACAGGAGGUAGCGACAUGGACGCGGGCUGUCGAGAUGCAUAGGAAACGCAGUGUCUGGCGCUGUCCAAGAGGACAAGGACGAGAAGAAGGGGGUGUCGCGGACGCGGCCC